AUUAUUUACAUAAAAUAUGGUUUAGACAAUUGAUUGUAUUAAGUUUUAAUUAUAUAUUUAUUACUACUUUUUUUGAUAAUAAAUGGUAUAUAAUAAUUCUACGAUAUUUAGGUGCAAAAGUUGGUGACAACAACGAAAUUUUUCAUUUUAGUCGUAUUUUAAUGUUUCCAUCAAAUUUGUUAACUAUUGAAUCGAAUUUUAAAAGUUUAUUUGAUGUGGCAUUCGAUGGUAUAGUUGAUCGAAAUGAUGGAAAAUAUAUGUUGGAUCAAAUUUAUAUUGGCAAUGAUUGUACAAUGGGUAAUAGUUGUACAAUUGAAAUUAGGUCAAAUAUACCAUCAAAUACAAUUGUUGGAACAAUGACAAGAUUUGAUUCAAAAACAAUAAUAACAACAGAAAAUAAAUAUGAGCGUGUUAUCCUCGGCAUACCAGCCCGACAAAUGCCAUUUGAAUUUAAGCCAGCACUAUUAGAUACAACAACAGCAGUCAAUAAUCAACAAGAAACAAAACUAAUUGAGAACAAACUAAUAUUACCAAAAUAUAUUAGGCACUGCUCACAAAUGAUGUCAUCCAAUUAUCGUACUUUACGAUAG